AAGAAGAUUUAAGGACCAUGAAUGCAUGAUCCAUGGAAUUGGCGAGAGAUGGAGGACGUUGAGCGAGUGAAGGCGGAGGCAGUGCAGAUAAUGGGAGUGUUUCAAGUGCUCCCAAGGCUCGUGGUUUUCGAUCUCGAUCACACUCUCUGGCCUUUCUACUGUGAGUGGCGGUCGAAGCAGGACACGCCUUCUUUGUUUCCCCAAACGAGAGGGAUAUUGCAUGCACUCAAACACAAGAGGCUUGAUAUUGCCAUUGCUUCCAAGUCCCCCACUCCUGACAUCGCAACCACCUACCUCGACAAACUCGCCAUCAGGUCCAUGUUUGUCGCCGAGGAAAUAUUUUACAGCUGGACACACAAAACUGAUCAUUUUCAGAGAAUUCAAUCAAAGACUGGGGUCCCCUAUAAGUCUAUGCUCUUCUUUGAUGAUGAUGAUAACAAUAUCCAAGAGAUCUCAAAAAUUGGAGUGACAAGCAUUUUGGUUGGAAAUGGGGUAAAUCUUAGAGCAUUCAGAGACGGCCUCACAAAAUUUUCUCAAAACACGAAAGCAUCAAAGAACAAGCAGACAAAGCCCAAGUAGUACUCAGAAGGCAGAUACUCUCAACGAGGAUGCUGAAAUUGAAUAUCUUAAUGAAAUUUAUCAAUGUGCAUUUAUUCAGAAUCACAUCCAUUGACGAUUUCUAAUAUGUUGCCCCUAUUACUCCCAAUUCCCAAGAGGAAAAUGAAAGUGUACCUGGAGCAUUUUCAAUAUGUAAGUUAAAUGUAUAUUUAGUCGAAUACAAAUCUCAAAUGCUGACAAA